AUGAAUAAAAAAUUGAUUCUUUUGAGUAUUAUCAUGCUCAUGCCUCUCUGUUUGGCUCAAAAUAUAAGCAUAGAAAAACUCCUUACUUAUAAUAAAUGGUCAAGCUAACAUCAAAGGGUUUAUCUGAAUGAACAUGAAAAACUAUUUAGAUAAAUGGUUUUCUUUGAGAAUUUGUAAAAGAUUUAGGAACAUAACAGUGAUCCUAAUAAAACCUAUUCUAUCCAUUUAAACUAAUUCUCAGAUAUGACUAAAGAAGAAUUUGCUGAAAAAAUUCUUAUGAAAUAGGAUUUAGUUAACCAUUUUAUCAAAGAAAUGGAUUAAUAAGUUACUCAUAAUGAUUCUAAUAGCGAAACUUAAUUGAAUUCAAAAAGCCUUACUAUAGCUGCUUCAAUAGACUGGAGGACAAAAGGUGCUGUAACAUCGGUUAAGAAUUAAGGUAGUUGUGGUUCGUGCUGGACUUUCUCUGCAGCUGCAUUAAUGGAGUCAUUUAACUUCAUUAAAAACAAAGUAUUAGUUGAUUUUUCUGAGUAAUAACUUGUUGAUUGUGUCACCCCUGCAAAUGGUUACUAAUCUUAUGGAUGUAGUGGAGGAUGGCCUGUUUCUUGUCUUGAUUAUGCCUCCAAAGUAGGUAUUACUACCCUAGACAAAUAUCCCUAUGUUGCAGUUUAGAAAAACUGUAAUGUGACUGGUACAAAUAAUGGUUUUAAACCUAAAGGUUGGAUUUAUAUCCCUAACACUUCAAAUGAGUUCAAAACUGCUUUGAAUUUCUCUCCUGUUUCUGUUAUUGUUGAUGCUACAAAUUGGGGUAAUUAUUAGUCUGGAAUUUUCAACGGAUGUGAUUAAUCUCAUAUUAACUAUAAUCAUGCUGUAUUAGUUGUUGGCUAUGACUAACAAGGUAACUGGAUUAUUAAAAACUCUUGGAACGCCUAUUGGGGUGAGAAUGGCUAUAUAAGACUUGCUCCUGACAACACAUGCGGUAUCUUAACCUAUGGUUAUUAAGUUACUGCUUGA